AUGAAAGGAGGAAGUUCUAAAGCUGAUUCGAGGAAAGCCGACAGCAGGCUUGCUGUUAAGAAGCAGACAAAGAAAGAGAAGCAAGCAGCAAAGGAUCCAAACAAACCCAAGAGGGCUCCAAGUGCUUUCUUUGUUUUCAUGGAAACCUUUAGGCAGCAAUACAAGGAAAAGCACCCUAAAAACAAAUCAGUUUCUGCUGUUGGCAAAGCUGCUGGUGAAAAGUGGAAGUCUAUGAGUGAUGAGGAAAAAGCACCCUUUGUAGCAAAGGCAGAGAAAAGGAAGAAGGAAUAUGAGCGGCAGAUGGAAGCUUACAACAGAAAACUGUCUGGAGAAGGUGGUGAUGAUGAUGAUGAUGCAUCAGACAAAUCGAAGUCGGAGGUUGAUGACGAGGAUGAUGAGGAAGGCAGUGAGGAGGAGGAAUAA